AUGGACUUCCACAUCAAGGUCUAUGCAUCAUCAGCUCUUCCCAAUCAACCCUGGAUCUCAGAUUUUACGUCCAUGGUGAACGCCAGCUACCGUGUCAGCCACACCGCCAAAAUAAAGUUUUCCACAAAUAAGACCAGACUUCACACCGACUCCGCACUGUCCGAAGAGCUUGGUGCAGACGGAUUCACCGCGGUGGCAUUUAUUGAAGAUGCCGAAGAUCAAACACCCAAAUUGGUCGGGACCGCAAGUAUAAAGAAAUGGAAAGACGACGGCCUUUGGAUGCCUACAACUAAAAACGGGCAUGAAGACGCUGCCAAUACUCGAUGUGUCGAUCAAAUGUUGCACCGACAGGCUUGUCCCGGCGACUAUGAGCUUGCUGUUGUUGCUCUCCCCCAGGUCCACAAUACCGCGGCAGGGGUAUUGCUGGUCAUCUUGUGA